AGCGACUAUAAAAGUUGGCUUUGCCCAGUCGAGGCUUCUGGUUUCGACGAAGUACAUGUGUCAGGUGUGACGUUAAUAUGACAAGACUUAAACUAAAACUGAUCGGAGUGGUUAUUUUCUUGGUGGCCACACUUGAAGCUCAGGAAAGCCCUGUGGCUGACUCACCAGCAACCACAGAAAAUCCAGGGGAAACUACUCCUGGGCCAGCAGCCAGUACUACUGGAGAAACAGAAGAAACCACUCCAAUCACUGGGGAUGGAGCUGGGUCAGACGUUACUGGAUCACCUACUGAUAUCUCCAGCAGUACCGAUACCAUGGACAAUUCAACAAUACCCAUUGAAGGUCAGAACAAUACGAGUAAUUUGGAAAACGGUGGAGACCCUUUUGUGAAGCCAGGAAAACACCGAAAGGGACCACGUCAUGUACGAGCCCACGAUGGCUUUCACAAUUUAAGAACGGAAAAGUAUUGGGCUCAUUGGAAUGAUGCCUUCACCAAAUCAGGCUACUAAUUAAAAACCAAUAAAAUAUUUAAUUUUUAAACUUAACUUUAUGGUCAUUAAAAAGAAACUGGACAUUUGAAAGGGCACCCUAAAUGGUAUUACUCAAAAGUUAAAACAUGACAAAUUGAAUUAGAUGCCAGAAUACUUUGCUACGAUGCGGUUGUUUUAUUGCUGUUUGGUAAAAUAUAAUUUUAAUAAAAUUUA